ACGGCCAUAGUCAGCGGUAGCUGGGAUAGGAUGCUGAGGGUGUGGGACGUCAAGAGCAUGGAGGAGAAGGCUUGUCUUCAGGGUCAUAGUCGUAGGGUAACGAGCGUGGCGAUCAGCGGGGACGGCAAGACGGCUGUCAGCGGGAGCUGGGACAAUACGCUGAGGGUGUGGGACCUU